AUGUCUCUGGACAACCUACAAAUGUUCCAACCAUUGCACCGUGAGAUGGUGUACAAUCACCGGCAGGCAACUCCCCUGAGAGCUCCACCUUCAGCUUUGUCAAGGAAUAUUUCUAGAUCGGCUGAAAUCCUAGUAGCCACUACUAGAUGUGGAAAGGAGUUAAAAAGUCGGAAAACACGGAGCACUGAGCAACCGGGAGUUGGCGGAUUGAAGACCACCAGCGGUCUACCGGCUCUCGUGAAGAACUGGCCUAGCGACGAAAUCAACUUUAAGAGUAGUUCUCGUAACGGAAGCACCGAGUCAAUAUUCAUCGCCGACAUGUCCAUAGACAAACAACGUCUAAAUGACCCCGCGUCAUCGUCUAUUUCGCGUUACGCAACUCCCAGAAUUGGGUGCAACGUGCAAAUAGGGGUCGUGCUGAUGCUGGAGUGGAAGCCAAUAGGC